AUGGACAUUAAAUUAUAAGUGGAUAAUCUUACUAAACCAAUUAAAGAAGUACUUUAGAAUAUUGAUCAAGUUAAAGCUUAGAUCCUAUUAUCCCACAGUUAAUAAUUUGCACUAUCUAUAAUUGAAUUUAUUUUCUUGGGGAAUUGCUGUCCUUGCACUUUAACGCCUAUUGAAUAUAAAACCAUAAUCAUCUAAUAUGUUUAACAAUUAAGAAAGUAUUAUCAGAACAAUAAGGAAUCGACUGCUUGCUAAGUAUAUCAGUUAAAUAAUUAGAGAUUGUAAACAAACUGAUAAAAUAGCGGUAAGAUCAUGGAGAUCGCGAACAAGAAGGCUUUAUGAAUUCAGAUGAAGAAGAAACCAAUUUGGUUAAAUAAAUAACAUUUUAGCAAAAUACUUAAGAUUAUUCCAACGAUGCAAAUUUGGAAAAGCACAAAUUGGUACUACAAUAGAAGGAUUACGAAAUCGCAAAUCUCAAAGCAAAACUAUAGGUAAAGGAGUAGAAACUCUUGGAUUUGGCUAGUGGUUACUUAAAGGAUUUAUAAAAUAUGAGAGAACAAAUGUAUAAAAAGUCUGAUGAUUUCGAUUACUAUGAGGUUUCCUAUUGUGAUGUAACUGAUAUAGAGGAUCCUCGUUACAGAGAUUUAGUUAAUAAUAAGAUAGCCAAUUUGAAGAGUCAAUAUGAAAAGAAAACAAGGGAAAUGUAAAUUAAAUCUAAUAGCUAGAUAUCUGUUCGUACAGAAACAAAAGACUGAAAUUUAGAAUAUGAGAUAGAGCGUUGGAGCUUACGAGUAAAAGUUGAAGUUGAUGGAUAACAUAGAGUAUCUGAUGAAUCGAAUAUUUGCAUUAGAACAAGACCCUUAUAAAAUAUGGAAAUAUAUUCAGGAUAUCAAAGGAAAUGAAUACUUUCAUGAUGUUUUUGAAAAAUAGAAACCAGCCUCAGGAAUUAGAUAUAGAGAAGUGAAUAAACUAUUAAUGGUAACAAAAGCUUACGAUAGAGAACUAGAAUAUUUUAAAAAAGGAAUCGAAGAUCAAAUGUAUGUAUAUUUGGAAAGGGCUUGUGGAAUCAUUAAUAUCUAAAACCAAGAUUAAUUGGAUGAAAUGCAGGAACUGAAAAAAGAAGUUGCAAGAGUUUAAUAGUUUGAAAGUAGAAUCAACUAAUAAAUAAUGCGUUAAUUUGAUUAGUUUAAAAAAUAAUGUAAUUAAGGUUAUAAUAAUAAAAAUAGUGAAGUAACAUUAAGAAGAAUAUUUGGAUGUCAAAUCUAAGGAGUUACAAUAAUUGUAGAAGAUUCAACUUAAAUACGCUACUCGACUGUGGUAUAUUGUGAGUCAGAUAAAGAAUGGCAAAGAUAUUAAGGAAUUGAUUUUAUAUGCAUAGUAAAACAAAAAGUUAAUAAUAUAGUUAGAACGACUACGAAAAACUGACAUCGCAACAGUUCUUGGAGUUGGAAAAUAAUUAUCUAUAAAAUAUGAUCACUACUAAAAUAAAAUAAGAAGAAAUCGCAGAAUUGAGCAAUAAGUUGGAAUAGAUGUAAUUAUCUAAUGACGAACUUAAGAUCUAAAAUUCUUAGAUGAAAGUGACUAUUUUAGAUCUUAAAGCCAAAGUUAAGAACCAUCAGAAAUGUUUGCAACAAACAGUUAAGCAUAUUGAUACUAAGAUCAAUCCUGAAUAACUUAAUCUGGAUGACAAUAACAGGGAAACUACCAUUAGUUUUAAAGAUAAACUGAAGCAACUUAGACAAUAGCACAACGGAUUAAAAUUUAUAUAAGAGGUGCAAUAGCAAUAUGAAAAAAAUGAUAUGGCUUUAGAAUUUCUUAGUACAUCAUUUGAAAACAGAUCAACUUAAACUAAGAUUGGAAAUGUCAGUAAGAGUUUGCAAGAAGCCAUUUAAAUACAUGAGAUGAAUAGAAUUAGCGAUGAAACCAAUGAGGAUUAUGAUUACAUACAAAAUAAAUCGAGGGAUAUCGAAUGUUAAACUGAUUUAAUUAAUGUUGAUGAUAUACUAAAGUAAAUUACAGGUUUAAAAUAAUAAAUUAAACAUUUAUCACAAGAUAUAGAUGAUAUGGAAGGUGAAGGAGUAAUAUCCUAGCAUUUUUAGCUUAUGAAUUAAAGAAAUCAAUCCUUUGAUGUUAAUUCCUCUCAAAAAAGUUCAAAUCUUAAAAGACGAUAUGUUUAAGUUAAUGAAUCUAAGGAUUCAUACUCAAAUUAUUAAGAUGAUCUCAGAUAAUCCAACGAAAAAAGUAAUGGUUACCAAUUAGGAUAGACCAAUUAAUUAAUAAUCUUGCAUCCAUAAUCGUCGGUUGAGAAAAUUGCCUAAACUUAAACAUUCUAUACAUCCAAGCUCCAACAAAAAGGAGUUUUUAAUAGGUUGUUUGAGGAUAGUAAGAAGAAGUGCGAGAGAAUCUAAUAAAUCAAAAAUAAUUUGGAACUUUUGGAAAAGGAACAUUGGUAAUAGGUAGCUGAAUUAGUGAAAGAGGAUUAAGAUAUUGUGAAUGUAUUUAAAGAUAGUCUUUCCUCAAGCAAACAUUUUUAUUAGAAAUAGUUAAAAAGAAAUAUGGAAAUGGAAUAAAAAUAUUUUCCAUAAAAACAUAAUAGAGCUCAAUUCUAUUUCAAAAAGUUUAAGGAUUUUCAUGUGCAUUAAUAAGAAUUAAAUGAAAUCUUUUUUGAUCCUAAUUCUAGCGAUGAAAAAACUUAGGAAAUUUAGAGAUUGAAUAUCAAAAGUGUGGUUGAUAAUAGAAAAUUGAAUGGAUAAAUCAAAUUUAAUGGACUAAAAAGGGAGGAAUAUUAAUUCUUUAAGUAACUUGAAAAGAGAAAAUUACAGAGCAGAACUUUUAGAAGUACCUAAUAAUCUCCAAAAUAGAAGAAGGUUCAGUAUGUCUCAUUUACUAAACCAUUUAUUGGAAGUUUAACUAGCUAUGA